GCUGGACCAGGGCUGGAUCAUAGACUGGAUGGGCUGAACUCGAUCGUAGAGCCACAAAGUUGCACAACACCGAGCUGUAGACUGGAAUCCCUCGAUAAAGUCGUAUAAAAAGGGAAGGUAUCUGUUCCUGAUCGUAAAGCAGACGGAUAGUCACCAUGGCAGAUGAAGCAGCAGAUGUGGAGGAAGGCAUCAGCCUCACUCAGAGCCCUCUGGUCACUGUCACCUUCCAGAGAAAUGUCCACAGGAAAGAGAAGUACCUGGAGGCUGAACCCAAAGCUCUUGGGAUCACUCAGAUUGGCCUGAGUGUGUUUCAGAUCACCUGUGUGAGUGUGUUUCUGGCCAAAGACCUGAGUCGUGUAGAGACUGACAUUGCUUUCUACAUUGCAUCCCUUCUGGUGAUAAUCGCUGGGUGUCUAGCUAUAGCAGCACAGAACCUCCACCUGCCGACGCUGAGGGCCUGUUUGGGGAUGGAGAUUGUGGCCUGUGGAGCCUCCAUCUUCAACACAAUCUUAACUCUGAUUAAAAUGGAAGACAUGCCCUUCUACUGCUGGCAUUAUUACUAUGACAACACCACAAUUCAUUAUGGCGAAACCUGCCAUAAAGUUGAGAACGUCCAGUCCCACUUUUAUGCUGAGUGUGUGGUCGUUCAGAUUGCUCUGUUGGCCAUCUCUGCCACUCUGGCAGCCUACUGCUGCAAGGUGGCAAACUGCUGCGGCCCGGCUCACAAAAUGCCUGUGAUCACGGUGCAAGCCCCCCCUGUCAGUCAACAGUGAGAAGAUGAAGUGGAUGAGCUCAGAAGACUGCUACAUACAAAUGCUACACAAAGAUAAAACUACACUAAUCAAUGUUUUUAUAUUAACAAAGGAUCAAACAACUGUGUAAUGUGAAAGGAGUCACUUGUAGUGACAAAUCCACAAAGAGGUAAUGACUCUGCAGUUCCCUUCAUUUCUAUGGCACUUUUUAGCUCAUUGUUUUGGUUCUCCAGCCCACAGACUCUGUUAUUGAAAGCAGAGUGAGCCGACAUUAAUCGCACAGACACAAACACAACUGAAUGCUAAUGUUGCUCUGUGUAAUGUGUGAAGAUGCAAAUAUUUGCUAACACAUUUUUCAUUUAAACUCUAUAAAAUGAUCAUAAGUCAAUUUUGUGUUUACAGCUUGUUCUGCUGCCCCCAAUCAAUGCAUGCAGGUUUAAGAAAGAACUUCAGUAUUUUUUGUAAAAUAUAAUGUCCUCACACUUUGCAUAUUACCAGAACUUUUUAAUAUUAGAUAUCUGUUUCUAUAAGUACUCCUUCUCUAAUGUUAACUUUAAUCAUAUUCUGUUUUUCAGUAAAAUACUACAGCAGGCACAUGGAAUGCCUGAAAUAUGUACAGAAAGUGUCUCUAUAGUCUUUAACUUGCUGAAUUGUGGUCACACAAUAUGGUAAUGGUAAAUGUGAAAAAUGCAGUGUUUUAAUAACAUAGGUAGUUACACAGAAAUAUCUAUCGGAAAUUUGCUAACAACAGCCACAGGUCAUACCCAUAGACUGUGUAAAGGUCAUACCAGACUGAGUAAGGCUGCAGCAGCAAAAACCUGAAGCCACUGAAGUGAUUUGUUUUAUUGCUUAUAAAUUCAACUUUUCCUGGGAACAUUGCACAGGGUAAGUUAGUUCAACUUAGUUUAAUGCUUACAACAUAACAACAAGUGAUUUAACUAGUAAAAUCACAAAUUGAUGCACAUUAAUGCUUUCUUUGUUUAGUGUCUUAAUAAUGCUUUACUGUUCUUUCCUUUGUCGCUGCAACUGACAGCUAUGGAUAAUAAAAAGCUAACAAAUGUA